UCAGUUGCGAGGAACUUCUGCCAACAUUGCGCCAAAGCUUGGUUUCACUUUACUUAUACGGAAAAUAUAAUGACUUGGGCCCCGUUACAUGUCCUGAUCGUGCCAUGGCCGAAGGCACGGUGAAGGUUGCAGUGAGAGUGCGGCCGCCCUUUCCGGAAGAGGAGCGAGACCGCAAUUUGGACGGGAUCAUUCGGGUCACCCCAGAAGCAGGCCAGGUGGUGGUUGUUGACGACUAUGGAUUUACAUAUGAUUAUGCGUUCGACACAGCCACCACCCAGGAGGAGAUUUAUGACAAGUGUGUCGCUGAUGUCGUCAGUAAGGUCACUGCCGGCUAUAACUGCUCCGUCCUCAUGUACGGCCAGACCGGUUCCGGAAAGACCUACACGAUGGGAACCGACUACAGGGCAAGCGGAGGGAACGGAGCGAGCCCUGGCAUAAUUCCGAGGGCUUUAAACGAUCUGUUUGAAAGCAUCUUGGACACGGAGGCCUGCAAUUGGUCCGUUGAAGUGUCCUUCCUUGAGAUCUACAACGAAAGUGUCUACGACUUGCUCACUGACCGCAAGAGCAGGGAGCCCAUCCAGAUCCGCGAACACGGGAAGGUGGUUAUGCUUCCAGGGCUGGUGCGGAGGGAGGUGAAGACGCCAGCCGAGGCCCUGCAGUGCUUGGAGCAGGGCUGCUGCACACGCAGCACAGGGGCCACGCUGGUCAACAGCUGCUCCAGCCGGUCCCAUGCCAUCUUCACCGUCCACCUCAAGUGCCUGCUCGAAGGAACGCUGUUCAUGUCUAAGCUUCAGCUGGUGGACCUGGCAGGGUCAGAAACCAUCAAGAACACUCAAAGUGUCGGAGCCAGGCGCAAGGAAGGUGUGAACAUCAACCUGGGACUUCUUGCCCUGGGAAAUGUGAUCAAUGCCCUCUGCUCCCACCACGGCAAAACUCCACACAUUCCCUACAGGGACUCCUGCCUCACUCGUCUCCUGGCUGAGUCCCUCAAUGGUACCAGUCACACGGUGAUGAUUGCCUGCAUCAGUCCCACUGCCAGCAACUGGAUGGAGACCUUGAAAACACUGCGCUACGCGGACAGGGCUCGGCAAAUAAAAACAAAGCCCGUCAUCAACCGAAGCAACAAAGAGAACCUCUGGUCUCGGGGCACGCCUGCGCCGACGCCUGCUCGGUGGCGCUACACGUCGCAGACCGGCCUGAAAACCCCGAGGGACGCACUCGCGGGACGUCAGCAGUCCUGCAAGAUGGCGAGCACUCCCGACGAGUCAAACGCCAGCUUCUGCUCCACCACUUCGACGAUGUCAUUGCUCUCGAAGAUGUCCGGCAUUUCUCCCGUGGCGCAGCAAACCUUUCCGCUCACCCCUCUGGUGGAGCGAGUCUGCCAGAGGCUGGAGCAGUCCACAUUCUCGAACUUGGUGAAGAAGAUGGAGAGCUUCAUGGUUCAGCCGGAAAAGAACUGCGGGGAGGACGAUCCCGCACUGAUGCCUUUGCAGUUUGGAGACCGCACCAUGAGGGCCAGGAAGCGCAAGACAGCCAAAGAGUCGCAUGAUCCCCAGCCAGCAGUCAUUGGCUGA